AUGGCUCCCACCAAACAAGAUACAAAAGCCUACAUUAGGACCCUCGCGACGCCCCCGCCCCCCGGCCAACCCUAUGCCCUGCCUAUCCCUGGCACCGAGCGUCCGAACCGCACCCCGAUCUACCGCCAUUGGCGCUUCCAAAACGGUCCGUUGCUAGAGACGUACGACCCGGCGCAAAGAACCGUCCACGACCUAUUCGAGCAUGCGGUUGCCCAAAACCCCAAGGCGAGGUGCCUGGGAUGGAGACCUUGGAAUGCUGCCACCAAGACAUUUGAGCCCAAGUAUGUCUGGCUGACGUAUGCCGAGGUUGCCGAGCGGAGAAAGAACUUCGGCGCCGGUAUCGUCGAGCUGCACCACCAGCUUGGUAUCAAGGAGGACAAGUAUCCGGUGGGCCUGUGGGCGCAGAACCGUCCGGAGUGGCAGAUGACCGAGCUGGCGCUACUCUCGCAGUCGCUAUGGCCGGUCUCUCUGUAUGAGACUCUCGGCCCCGAAACGAGCGAGUAUAUCAUCAACCAUAGCGGUCUGACGGCCAUCGCCUGCUCGCUGCCGCAUAUCCCUACCCUACUGAAGAUGGCCUCGCGCGUCCCCUCGCUCAAACUCAUCAUCUCGCUCGACCCCCUCGACGCCGGCGAGGUACCGGGCCACUCGAAGCGGGAAUUGCUGAACGCCACCGCUGCUGCCGCCGGCAUUCAAGUCGUCUCUAUUACCGAGGUGGAGGCCCUCGGUGCACGCUCCGGCCGCGCCAUGCGCCCUCCCAAGGCCGACGAUAUCCUGACCAUCAACUACACUUCGGGCACUACGGGCGACCCGAAGGGCGUGCUCAUCACGCACAAGAACGGCGUGGCAGGCAUCACCGCGGCCAGGUCCAACGAGACCGUCUUUGCCGGCGACGUUCACAUCUCGUAUCUUCCCUUGGCGCACAUCUAUGGCCGUAUGGCGGACCAAACUGCGCUCGCUGAGGGGGCGAGCAUUGGGUAUUUCCAUGGCGAUAUCACUACGCUAAUCGAGGAUAUCAAGAUCCUGCGGCCGUCGGGCUUCAUGUCGGUGCCUCGCCUGUUCAACCGCAUCAACUCGGCGAUCCAGGCGGCGACUGUCGAGGCCGACGGAUUUAAGGGGACAUUGUCGCGCCGCGUUAUUGACACCAAGAAGGCCAGCAUGAAGCUGCCUAAUGGCCAGGCCACUAACAAGCACUUCCUGUACGAUCGCAUCUGGACCCCCAAGGUGCUCAAAGCGGUGGGCCUGCAGAGAACGCGCACCAUGGUGAGCGGCAGCGCCCAACUCGACCCGGACGUCCACCAGUUCCUCCGCGCCGCCUUUGGCAAUAACUUUGUCCAGGGCUUCGGCAUGACCGAGACGUACGCGGUCGGCACCGUCCAGAUGCCCGGCGACUUCACCACGGGCAACAUCGGGCCCCCGUGCCCGUCGGUCGAGCUGUGCAUCGAAUCCGUGCCCGAAUACGAGUACACGGUGGAAGACAAGCCGAACCCGCGUGGUGAGCUGCUGAUGCGCGGACCCAUCAUCUUCCAGGAGUACUUCCGGAACCCAGAGGAGACGGCCAAAGCCAUCGAAUCCGACGGAUGGUUCCACACGGGUGACAUCGUCGAGGUCGACAGCAUGGGCCGCUUCAAGAUCAUCGACCGCAAGAAGAACGUGCUCAAGCUCUCCCAGGGCGAGUACAUCUCGCCCGAACGCAUCGAGAACGUCUACAUGGGCGCCACCAACCUGAUUGCUAUGGCCUUCGUCCACGGCGACCCCAAGGAGUCGUGCCUCGUCGCUGUCUUUGGCAUUGAUCCGGUUACCUUCGCCCCCUACGCCGGCAAGAUUCUCAAGAAGCCCGUCCCCGCCGAUGACAAGGACGCGCUCCGCCAGGCCGCCAACGACCCGCGCGUCAAGACGGCCUUCCUCAAGUUGCUAGAGCAGAUCGGCAAGCGCCACAAGUUCAACAGCUUCGAGAAGGUUAAGAACUGCGUCUUUGAGAUUGAGCCGUUCACGAUCGAGAAUGAGCUGCUGACGCCUACACUCAAGCUCAAGCGGCCCCAGACCGCCCGUGCCUUCCGGAGCGAGAUCGACCGCAUGUACGAGGAGAUUGCCGUCAACGCGGUCGAGAAGCCCAAGCUCUAA